UUCCCGCUGGCUCGGCGCCGCUCUGCUCUCCCCGCAGCAGAAGCCAUUUUGGACUCAGUUCAGUUUCUCCGCAUGUCAACACGGGACCGUGUCCGUCAGCACGGCGAGAAAGAAACAGAGUAACCGAGCGGAGAGGGCUAACAAGCGCGUGGCUUGUGUCUUUUUCUUUUCUUUCUUUUUUUUUUUUCUUUUGUAACGGUAGAAUCGUGUUUAGUGUUCCCGGAGACUGCUUUGUGUUUGCGUGCGUGCCUGUGUGUGUGUGUGUGUGUGUUCGCGCGCGGGAAUCGCGCGUGUCCCUCCAUGGAUGUGUCCGUCUUCUGAAGUUCACCGCGAGCUCGUGCGCUGCUGUUUCUCGGGGCUCGCGCACUCCCACACUCUGCACGGUGCACAGGCAGGAAGGCAGGAAGGCAGGCCGUGUGUUCCUCUGUGUUAGUGUGUAUGUGUGUGUGUGUGUUUUCUCCCUCUGCUCAGUGUUUAAAUGUUCCUAACGGAGGGGAGAUUAAAAAGAGCAAAAUCCGCUGCGCUGCUUUUUCAAUAAGAGGAAUAUGAUCGCUUCCUGGCUGACUUUUGCACUUCUUUUGGGAACUUUUGGUGCAGUACCCAGCCAUGGAGAGGUGGAGACGCGAGAGUGUUUAUACUACAACAUCAACUGGGAGAUUGAGAAGACCAACCAGAGCGGCGUGGAGCGGUGUGAAGGCGAGAAAGACAAGCGCUCUCACUGCUACGCUUCAUGGCGCAACAACUCGGGAACCAUUGAGCUUGUGAAGAAGGGCUGCUGGUUGGAUGACUUCAACUGCUAUGACAGGCAAGAGUGUGUGGCCACGGAGGAGAACCCACAGGUGUUCUUCUGUUGCUGUGAGGGCAGCUUCUGCAACGAGAGGUUCACACACCUACCCGACGUGACCGGACCAGUGAUCGAGCCCCCUCCUCCUACAUUCUCUCUGCUGAACAUAUUGGUGUACUCCCUGCUGCCAAUCACCAUGCUCUCCAUGGCUCUUCUGCUGGCCUUCUGGAUGUACCGCCACCGCAAGCCGCCCUACGGCCACGUCGACAUCAACGAGGACCCAGGUCCAGCCCCUCCGUCUCCACUGAUAGGGCUGAAACCCCUGCAGCUGUUGGAGAUUAAGGCUAGAGGGCGCUUUGGGUGUGUGUGGAAAGCCCAGAUGAUGAAUGAAUACGUAGCUGUGAAGAUCUUCCCCAUUCAGGACAAGCAGUCGUGGCAGAACGAGCGAGACAUGUUCACCACGCCAGGGAUGAAGCAUGAGAACUUGCUGCGUUACAUUGCUGCUGAGAAACGCGGGACCAGCCUAGAAAUGGAGCUCUGGCUCAUUACUGAGUUCCAUGAAAAGGGUUCUCUGACUGAUUAUCUGAAGGGAAGUGUUGUAAGCUGGAAUGAACUAUGUCACAUUGCUGAAACUAUGGCUUGUGGCCUGGCCUACCUUCAUGAAGAUGUACCACGGUACAAAGGAGAAGGCCCCAAACCUGCAAUUGCUCACAGGGACUUCAAGAGUAAAAACGUGAUGCUGAAGAACGAUCUGACUGCUGUCAUCGGUGACUUUGGGUUGGCGGUGAAGUUUGAGCCUGGAAAAGCUCCAGGAGACACUCAUGGCCAGGUUGGCACACGGAGGUACAUGGCGCCCGAGGUGCUGGAGGGAGCCAUUAACUUCCAGAGAGAUGCAUUUCUGAGGAUAGACAUGUACGCCAUGGGACUCGUGCUCUGGGAGCUGGUGUCCCGCUGCACAGCCGCUGACGGUCCAGUGGAUGAGUACAUGCUGCCCUUUGAGGAGGAGAUUGGACAGCACCCGUCCUUGGAGGACCUGCAGGACGUCGUAGUCCACAAAAAGAUGAGGCCCGUGCUGAAGGAGUGCUGGCUUAAACAUCCGGGUCUGGAGCAGUUGUGUGAGACGAUAGAGGAAUGCUGGGACCAUGACGCCGAGGCUCGUCUUUCAGCGGGCUGCGUAGAGGAGCGUCUCUCUCAGAUCCGGCGCCUCAGCAGCGGCCCUGCCUCCGACUGCCUCGUCUCCGUGCUCACCUCCGUCACCAACGUGGACUUAGCACCCAAAGAGUCCAGCAUCUGAGAACGAGGCGGGGGGGGGGAAAAACUCUCAAAAACGAAACCUGAAGUGAAAGAAACAACCUUCGUCUUUCCAGACUCAGCGGAUCUCAGACAACAAUGAAUGCAGCUGCUAUUUUAUCCUGACGUUUUUUAAAUUAAUUAUCAUUAUUAUUAUUAUUAUUAGUAUGAUUAUUAUUCUGAUCGGAUCAAUACUACCAGCACACUUCGCUACUGUAUUUUUAUCAAGAGAGGAAAACACAAAAGUUAAAAAUAAAAAAAAAAAAAAUAAGAAAAAAAAAAAA